CACUGAAGAAUAGAGGGUGCCUGUUAACGUGAGUCCUCUUCUCCCGUCGGAUUACAGCCGAGGCGGCACGCUAAAGGACUUCUUCUUAGUCAUAAAACGUCGAAUUAAACCAACACUUCGUAUUCUAGUUAACAAGGCACUGUACUUUAUCCCCAUCAUGCCAAAGCAAAGACAAGCAAGUAAAGAAAUGGAUCAGUCUUGUCAAAAUCAUCAGCAAAGCAGAGCCCCUCAGAACGCUGUACCUAUGGGAACCUUCAGGCAGGGUAGUGUUCCCGCCCUGGAGAGGGGCAUCAUUAGUGGAGACAACGUCCAGUUUGGGAGGCUGCGUCGUCACACGCGUCUGUCCCAGUCGGAGAGCUCUGGGGCUGAAGAGGAAUGGUUGAGCUCCUCAGUGGAGGCGAGUGGCUCGUAUGGUCAAAGCCCCGUGCUGCAGGGUUUGCAGGCAGAGGCAGUGUGGUACAACCGCAAUAUUCACGAUCAGGUUGAGAGUGGCGGACUGCUGUCGUCCUCUCCCCGGAGCCCAAACACCAGAGGAUUCUUGCUCUCUCACUCCAGACCCAAUCAAAGUCACCUGCAGGGUCAAGGACCCUCUGUCACCACAGUGAAGGCCUCCGGUACGCCCCACCGUCAGAUUGGCAAAGGCCGCAAUCGCACCUCCUCUGAGACAGAGCAGGGGGGCAAAGGUAGCAGGGGACCACACCCAAGGAAGAGGGGCAUCUCUGAGACGGAAAGCAAGCCCAAACGGGACAAUACUAACAUGAGUGGACUGAUCUGCCUUACCACAGAAAGCAUCUGGUUUGACAAAAACCGCUACGAUGAGGCAGAAAAGCGUUUCUACGAGGGAGUCAACGGACCUGCCACGCCGCAGCAGCAGGUGCUGGUGAUAACUGGCGUGCAGCAGGCCAAAGGUCGCCAGCAGAAACGGCGGCACAGAAACUCAUCCUCACAUGCAGGAGACCAGGAGCUGGUUUCACGCAUGAAGAGCCUGGAGCUGGAGAACCAGACCCUGCACAAAGUGGUGGUUGAGAUGAGGGCAACCCUGCAGAAGCUAGAGUCCAGAGUGGCUGUGCUGGAGAAGAGCCCAACACCAGCAGCCAUCCCUGCUGCAAAGGUUGCUCCAGUCAAACAGGAAAAAGUGAUAAAUGGUGACGAUGAUGACAUAGACUUGUUUGGCAGCGACGAGGAAGAUGAGGAGGCAGAACGUAUAAAGCAGGAGCGCUUGGAGGCCUACGCAGCCAAGAAGGCAAAGAAACCAGCUCUCAUUGCUAAGUCAUCCAUCCUGCUGGAUGUCAAACCUUGGGACGAUGAGACGGAUAUGGCUAAGCUGGAGGAGUGUGUGCGCUCUGUGCAGAUGGACGGGCUCCUGUGGGGAGCUUCCAAGCUGGUGCCAGUCGGCUAUGGCAUCAAGAAGCUGCAGAUCAGCUGUGUGGUUGAGGACGAUAAAGUUGGCACAGACAUCCUGGAAGAGGAGAUCACCAAGUUUGAGGACUAUAUCCAGAGUGUCGAUGUUGCUGCCUUCAAUAAGAUCUAAGCUCCUCCAGCCCUUCACCUGCUCCACCAAAGUGUUGUUGCUGCUGCGGGUGUGUGGUUAAUAAAAAGAAAAGCAAAUCUUUGAGCACAAACAUCU